UUUGUGUGUGUCAAUUAGGGUUAGAAUUAAUUUUUUUUGUAAAGUUAUGGUUUUUUAUAAAUUAUGACAAUGGAACGAAAAAUAAAACUGAAAACAUUGAAUAGUCAUAUAACAUGUAAAAUAUGUAGAGGUUAUCUUAUAGAUGCAACAACUGUUACAGAAUGCUUGCAUACUUUCUGCAAGAGUUGUUUAGUGAAACACUUGGAGGAAAACAACACUUGUCCAACAUGCAAUAUUGUAAUACACCAGUCACAUCCAUUACAAUACAUAAGUUUCGACAGGACAAUGCAAGACAUUGUUUACAAACUCGUGCCUGAACUACAGAAAAACGAAAUAAAUCGUGAGAAAGAGUUCUAUCGCCAAAGGGGAAUACCAAAUCCCAAAGAUAUUCCACUUACAAAUGGGGAAGUACAUGGGGAUGAAAAUCAUGGGGAUAACACUCAUGCUGAGAGUGAUUACCAUAGACAAGAUGAGCAAGUGAAUGUUUGCUUGGAGUGUAUUAGUUCAAAUUUGAAGACAUUGAAACGUAGAUUCAUCAGGUGCUCAGCUCAAGCAACUAUACUUCAUCUGAAAAAAUUUGUUGCCAAGAAAGUGCUGAAUGGAAUGGAGAAAUAUCGUGAUUUGGCAGUGUUCUCAUGUACCUUUCAGAUUGACAUUCUCUGUAAUGAUGAGCUAUUGGGGAAAGACCACACAUUGAAAUUUGUGUAUGUGACACGUUGGCGAUUUCAAAAUCCACCACUUACCUUACAGUAUCGACCUAGAGUUGAUAUUUGAGUUCUCUGUUGAUUAAUCAUAACUAGCAAUUACUCCACUUCAAGUUGUUAUUGCAUCACUUGAUAUAGGUAAUUUGCUCUCUUUGUUAUUUAUUUUUAUUUAAAAUUCAGUGUCUAUUUUGUGUUGAAUGAGUAUUGUUUUUAAAAUGUACAUAAAUUAUACAAUAUGUAUAUAUGUAUGUCCUAAUUUUAAUAAGGUAAAGUAGUUUUUGCAAUCAUUGCUUGACUAGAUUUAUACUGAAUUUAAAUUCUCUAACUUUUGGAACCCAGUGAAUUGAAGGGUUUUUGUGCAAUAAUUGAUAUGUUCAGCUGCCUCAGCUUAUGAUUCGAGGCUUGUGGAUGUGAAAAUCAUAGAAAGCAGAAUUUUCAAUAAUAAUUAUCUAUCUGUAUUCUGGCAUAAAUAUUGGCAGAAUUUCUGAACAAUUCAUGGUGUUUUACUCAUUUUGAUCAAAUUGAAUGCAUAUCAUGAAUAUUAGAGAAGCAAAUAUUGUCAAAGUAUGGAUCAGAAAUAACAUAAUUACAAGAAUCUUCCUCUGAAUGAUGAAUAUUAGUGCUUCUCUUGGGGCUUCUACUAGAUACCAACCAAUUUCCUCCUGGUCAACAUCUUUGGUUUAUUCACACAGUCACAGUCAAUGAUCUUUUCAUCUAUUGGCCUUGAAUUAUGAUUUUGAACACAAUAUGUGCAGCAUUAUACUUAACAUGAAGUACAAAUUUUUAUAGCACUAUAUGUUUUGAGAAUCCUCAAAGUCAUGAGAAAUUUGUCUCAAUGAUUUUUCUUGAAAUGAAUCAUUAUAUUUCUUUUUAUGUAGGACUAUGCAAAAGUAAAUCAUGUGAUAGGGUAAAUUUUGUAACAAUUAGGGAAUAGGUUGUAUAGAAACAUAAUGAUACAACUGUUCAGUUGAUAUCUUGAUUCAAUAUAAAAUAUGAAUGGUCCUUGCUAACUCAGCAUGUAGAAAACUAUUGGGUUAUUAAUUACUGGUUUCCUAUAUUAUUAAAAACAUUAGCAAUAUGAAAUGCUUCUGAUUUUGACACUAGCAAGAAUCAUCCAUUUUUUAUUGAUUUUUCAGAGAUUCUGAAAUUAACACAAGGAUCACUCUUUUUUUCUUGAAAUAAAGCAUGUCUGGUGCAGUUUGAAUUCUCAAUUCUGCUUUGCUCAUCCUCAUAGUGAUGACAUGAAAAAAUGUCUAUAAACAAAUUAAUAUUUACAAAUAAAAACUGUAUUAUUAAAUAUGUCAGAGAUUUCAGGAAGUAUUCACAGAUAUCCAUGAAUAAGCAUGGCUAGUUAAUAACCUACUUCAUUUUUUAAAAUAAUUAUCUUUGCAAUAUUUGGAACAGUUGGUGUGCUGUUUGUUAUCCCAAUAAUGUAAUGAUAUGACCACACUUGAACCUCCAAUAUAAUAAUUAGUAUUCAGCAGAUUUGUAUCAUUAUGUAUAUUUUGUAAAAUAGACAAAUUUGUACAUAUAUAAACAUGUAGAUAUGAACCUACAUUUCAGAAUUCAACCUUCACUUUCUACUUGUAGUUUUUUGUAUUGUAUAUAAGAGCAAGUUAGAAUAACCUCACUUUGUUAUUUUGCAGCCAAGGAUGAUUGAUUGGUGUUUAUAAUUAUCAUUGUAUUCCUAUCAUUCUGUUCAUGAGUGAAACAUUUCUAUACCCAUCCUGAAUUAUAUCAAUUGUUAACUGAAAUACAUUGGCUAAGUUAUGUAUCACAUAGAGGUUUCUACAGUCAUUUUGCAUUUAAAAUUUCCUGGAAUCAAUCUAAUAUCUCUUGUCUAAAAUUUUUUGUUGUAUGUGUGUGUGAAUUGAUUAUAUUUUACUACAAUGUUAGGAACAUUGAACAGAUAAAAAACGAUAAGUCACCAUACUUUCAAAUGAGAAAGACAAGAAUUGGUAUGUAUAUACAGAGUGAUCAAUUCAAACGUUUCAGGUCAGAAAAAAACAAGUUUUUUGUAAAUUUUAGUCAGAAUGAAUAUAGGCAUCCCAUCACAAAUGAAAUAUUUUCUGAAAAAUUAUACCUCAACCAUUGUUGAGAAGUGUAAUAGAGAAUUCUCAAUUUUAUCUUUUCUGGAAAAUAUCACAUCUGUUAUUAAAUUGCUGCAAUUUUUAAAAAAUCUCCAGUAAUUUCAGUUUCUGCAAAAAUCACACAGGACCAUUUUUCUACAACGAUGUUGAUAUUUUUCAAGGAUGUUGAGAGGCAAGUGAUAGCUUUUAUUGUGUUUCUUAUUCAUUUCGUGAUAUUUCCAAAACAAAGAUAACAUUUGCACAAAGAGUAGUGUUUUUCAGAGAACAUGUCGUGCUUGGCCGGUUCUAGCGCUACUAUUGCAUGAGUGAUUUAAAGAGCUGAUACCGUUCAUGUUGUGACAUGUUCUCUGAAGACGAAUGUACCUACCUUCGAUGCAGACGUGAUGCAUCAAGGAAAGGAACAUCACUUCUGCAGUUUUGAAGAAAUAUAUACCCUCAAUACCAUUUCGGAUAUGUUUCAUACUAAUAAAAAUUACAUUUCUAUUUAUUCCCAACAUCUUAUUGAAUAAUAUACCAGGAAUUCGGUCUGCUUGAAUGGAUGACUCAUUACCUUUCUUCAUUAAUUCCACCAUGAUAAAUGAAAUUAUCUAGUCAUUACAUUUUAGCAAUACAACUAAUGAUCGUACGUAAUAUUUCAAUCAGGUACCUACAUUCGAAUCAUUUCAAUUUUACUCAAAAAGUAAAUAUUUUUAAGGAAUCCGAUAGGUAUAUAACUAUCAUAAACAUACCUUAUUUCCGAGAUACUUUAUUAUUUUUAGCUUCUAGACGUCAGAUUUAUCUCUAGUUUGAUCAGUCUGUGUACAUAUUCUAUUUUUUUCACCACUAGCUAUAGAAUUUACUAUUAUUUACCCGUUUUCAAGUCGUAAAGAGUGGCACUAAAAUCUAUUAGUUAUUUAUCAAUAAAGACUUGUGAUAUGCUUUGACAUUGACAUUGGAUCAUAUUUCAGUUACACAGAACUAUAAAGAUUGAAAUAUAUUGCUAGUGGUGAAAAGAAUUUAAUAUACAUCUUGGUAGCAAAGAAUAUCAUUAACACGGGACCUCAUACUCCUAGACUAAAACCUCGGGAUAUAAUGUUGGUCCCUGGGUGAUAACGAUAUUCUUUACUACUUUCGUGUAUUGUGACCCACAUAAUUUAUAUGUUUCGAAAAUGAUGAGAUAAUACUCACCAAUAUAUUAUUAUGCCUGUCAAUGAUAAUAUGUUGAUCAGUAUAAAAUAGAUAACCCGCGUAUUCACAAAUACCUGUAUAGAGUAUAUGACUAGAAUAUGUAAAAAGUUUUCUAUUUCAACAGUACCUGAAAUUUGUCACCAAAUCAUUCGUUCUUGAUUAUCAAUUUAAUUUAAAUUUGAUUCAAUUGUGUCUGUUAUUUUUUUGUCAUGACUUUCCAAGAAUUGAGUAAUAAAAUUCUUCUAGAUGCUUACUGAAAAUAUUGAUCCUUUUUUGGGGUGUUCUUAAGAAAGAUAUGAUAUACAGGGUGUCCACUUUAUAAUGAAGCAUAUGAAUAUCUUGGAAACUAUCAAGUGGUAGGUAGUUUCACUCUACCGUACAGAACUGAUAGUCGUCAAUUUUCCAUGUUAUUUCAUGACGGUCUAUGCAAAUAUAAUGAAGUUUCAAGACAUUUUGUUUCUUUUCUUUCAAUAUAAAAGAUUUUUGAGAACAUAAAAACGGUUUGUUUUUGGACACCCUGUCCUGAGUACCGAAUAAAAUGUUCCUAUUCAUUAUUUAUUUCGCAUAUAUUCAUUUGAAAACCUGUCCAAUCAGUCUGAUUUUGACAUAAUUUUGUAUAAAAUAUAUAAUGAAAGUG